AUGUCUGGCAGUCUCUUCUACUCUGUGCCGACUAUCGAAGCAGGAACAGAGGACUCUGACGGAAGAGACGACGAUAGUAUGCCCAUGCACGAAUCUUAUAUGCCUGACUAUGACUCUGACGACGAUGGAUCCGACUCGAGCUCGCAAUCACCGCCCAUGUCGCUCUUCCUGGACCGACACCCGCAGUCAGAAGUGCCUCCAAUGACACCGGCAUCGAUCUACCUGGAUGUACCUCCACCAGUAUCUGCGAAAUCGGCAACCACCGGGACAUUGGGCGAGCAGCUAUUGGCACCAACGCCUAUCCCCAGCGGACCCACUGGCUGGACAUCCAUAUCGUACAAACGCAACUUCAAGGAUCCUGUCUUUGCCGCCCUCUACAUCCUUGCCCUGGCCGCCUAUUUCAUCCUCGGGAUUGUGCUUCUCUUCACAACAAGCUCGUCUAUUCUAGAUGAGCACAUCUACAAUAUCUUCUCUGUCAUCAAGUCCAGCGCAGGGAUGUUGACUUUUGUCGUCCUGAUUUCGGCCGCCUUAGGAACUCUGUGGCUGGUCACGCUGCGGUCGUUCGCUCGAGAUAGUGGAUUGACGUUCCUUUCAAUGCUCCCUCUGAGUGUUGGAACGCUCUUCCUGAGCGUCAUUUACUUUCGGCGCAAGUACAUUGGACGGACCACCGCUAUCAUUGAGCUUGCUUGUGAGAUCUUGAAGGACAACCCUGACAUGUUCUUUGUGUCUGUUGGGUUGAUGCUCGUCCAUGUUGUCUUCACUGCGAUCUGGUUGGUGUUCUUCUCUCGGGUCUUUUUGAUCGGCCACAUAGAAAACACGGUUGGAAAAGGAUCGUGGGUACUGGAAGGCAAUUUCUACCCCACUGCCGCCUACUUGAUCUUUAUGUAUAUGUGGACAUCAGCCGUCCUAAGUAAUGUUCAAAGGGUAACUCUUGCGAAUGUGGUGUCCAAGUGGUAUUUCCACAGACAUGAGCCGUUUGCUUACCACAGUUCCAAGAUCACCGAACCAGCGCUGAUCAACGCCACGACAACCUCGUUUGGAUCCAUUUGCUUGGGAGGGCUGUUUAUCGCCAUCGUCCAGUUUAGCUCUUUUGCGUUGCGGAAUACUGCAAAGAAACUGAAGGGCCACUCCUUUCCUCUCUUUGCGCUACUUGCCACAUUUUGCGCCCUCGUCCAAGGUCUGGUCGAGAACUUCAACAACUACACCCUUAUCUAUGUUGGCAUCACAGGGGAGAGCCUGUUUGGAGCAGCGCGGUCUGCCAGCAAAAUCUUCCAUAGGAACUUGCUUUGGGGCCUUAUUUCAGACUUUUUGACAAAGUUGAUCCUGUUCAUUUACUCGACCCUCUUCUCGCUUCUGACCGGAUUUGUGGCGUAUAUCUUUGCGACCCAUCAUCUACACUCACCGUAUGGAUAUGUCAUCGGGAUCCUGUCGAGCAUUAUUCCGUACUACAUUACGGGAUUCUUCACGCAUAUCAUGGCAAUCACGUAUGACACCAAGGUGGAUGCUACGUUCCUUUGCUACGCUAUUGACUUGGAUACAAACACCUGCCACUCUAACAAGGCCCACAGUGCGUUUGGCUCUUCGUUCUAG